CUUGUGCUGCAGAUCAUGAGGUGAACGAGGUCUCCCUUUCCAAAGCCACACCAAGAGUCUUCGCAGAAAAGUUUUCCCGGCCACUCCUCGACCCACAAAAGAAGUCGUCUCUACAUCGCUACACGAACACCCGACCUGAAACAGUGCCAAAGAAAACACGCAGGAAAAAUACAAUAUAAUGCGCCAAAAGUGAGCGGGAAGAGUGAAAGGCCACAAGAACCACUACACCAGCACAGCCACCACAGCAGCGUAGAGCAUGUCUCAGUCAACGAUCCAAACGAACGACCCGGGCGUCGUCAGCCCUUGGGGAUCUCAGGAGACCGACGCGUUCCCCGAUAAGUCACCAGCAGCGGGAGCAACGUCGGCAGCCGAGACGUCGCCGAGGGACGGGGACCGCGGACGAACCGAGCAGCAGCGCGAAAGCAACCACAUUCAGGACCAACAAGAAGGCAUCAGCAUCAGCAGCAGUGAAGUACCCGCGGGCAACUACCAUCACCAAGAACAGCAGCACUCGCAGCAGCGCACGGAGAGGACGUCCCGCCAGAGCCCCAAGAGGGCCUUGAGAGCGGACGACGAGACAGAGAGGCGCCACGCACCGGGACGCAGGCGGCACUUUCGCAGCGAGAGCUGUUCGCCGGAAGUGCUGAACCGCAGCGGUAACAUCGGCAGCAGCAGUAGCAAGCAGCGCGACGACGACACUACCACCUUCAAGAGCCCCACGCGGUCGCUCAUGGACAGCAGGGUUGGCUAUGUGGCACCCAUGCGACCCAGGACGCGCAGCAACCCCAAGCCCCCACCAAACAGGACGUCCAGGGAGUUCGACGUUGUCACCGAGGUCGAACAGACGACGAGACCAGCGGCCACCGUCCGACAGCCAUCGCUCGCCGCCAGCAACAAGAGCUCCUCUCUGGAGAGUCCCUCCAGGGGACACCCGCAGCAAACCAAGACGACCUCCAAGAGCCUGGAGGACAAGAUGACAACCUCCUCGUCGCUGCCGCUGCAGCAGACGAUGACGGCGCCGCUCGUCUCUCCUCCGCCCGACCCGGUCACUGCCAAGCUGGCCCAAGAGGUCAUCGGCAAGGACCACAAGAUUCUGUCAUCCAAAGAGCGCGAGGUGAUGCUCCGCGAAAUCACGGGCCAGACGGCCGGCAGCUUCUCCGCCCUGGAAGAGCCCGUGCCGGCGCCAAGGCCCACCACGCUGCGGCAGCGGCGCUUGAUGUUCUCGCACCUGACCGCGUCCGUAGACGUGGACACGCGCGAGAAGCCCUCCACGCCACCGUGCCUAACCGCGGCGAUGGCUGGCAGCGAGGACAUGCUCUUGUCCGAGGUGUUCAACAACUCUCAGCUCGCUUCCAGCUUCGAGCAACUGACGGGUGUCGCCAGAAAGACUCUCAGGAAGAGGGCGCUCGUACAACCUCUGCAGGCCUACACCGCCGCCUCCGCCGGCUACGACAACGCCGCCGGACAACCGAGCUCGGAGGCCCUGGACGCGGAGCCCCCUCCGCCGAGCGCGGUCAAGGGCGUGGCGGCCGCUGGUCAGCGAAUGGCUAACGGGCGGGUGGCCAGCGGAACCCCGGACGCCUGCCCGGAUGCGCACGUCAAGAUCUGCAUCGAUGUCAGCGAGCCCGGCACCGCCACGCCCAAGAACCAGGACGCCGUACAGUUCUUCCCGACGCCCUCUGCCGGUGAGCAGGUCCGCGCGGCGUCCGACGGCAGCGCUGCGGCCAACAACGCGGCGUCAGGUGGCCGCGCGGCGAAGGAGGGCGACGACGUGUCCCUGUACGGCACCCCCAAGGAAGAGCUGGGGCCCGGCGGCGGCGCGGGCCUGUCCGAGGCCAAGGCGUCCUUCAUGCGCAACCAACUGGAGGCCCUGUUCCAGCCGUCCGACAACAAGCUGGCCAUGAAGCUGUUCGGAUCCAAGAAAGCGCUCAUGAAAGAGCGCAUCCGGCAAAAGGCCGCCGGACACUGGAUCAUUCACCCGUGCAGCAAUUUCAGGUUUUACUGGGACCUGUGCAUGUUACUGCUUCUGGUGGCGAACCUGAUCGUCUUGCCAGUGGCAAUCUCGUUCUUCAACGACGACCUGUCGAUCCGGUGGAUAGCCUUCAACUGCCUCUCGGACACCAUCUUCCUGCUCGACAUCGUCGUCAACUUCCGAACGGGAAUCAUGCACCAGGAUAACUCGGAGCAGGUGAUCCUGGAUCCCAAGCUGAUCGCGCACCACUACAUCCGCACCUGGUUCUUCCUGGACCUGAUCAGCUCGAUCCCCCUGGACUACAUAUUCCUCAUCUUCAUUCAGGACUACAGCGACAGCUUCCAGCUGUUGCACGCAGGUCGCGCUCUGCGAAUCCUGCGCUUCGCCAAGAUGCUCAGCCUACUAAGGCUACUCAGGCUGUCGAGGCUCGUCCGAUACGUCAGCCAAUGGGAAGAGGUUUACUUCCUGAACAUGGCGAGCGUGUUCAUGAAAAUCUUCAACCUGAUCUGCAUGAUGCUUCUUAUUGGUCACUGGAGCGGGUGCCUUCAGUUUCUCGUCCCCAUGCUGCAGGGGUUUCCUUCCAAUUCCUGGGUCGCCAUCAACGAACUUGAGACGAAGUACUGGUUCGAGCAGUACUCGUGGGCCCUGUUCAAGGCCAUGUCCCACAUGCUGUGCAUAGGCUACGGCCGCUUCCCGCCCCAGAGCCUCACUGAUAUGUGGCUCACGCUGCUCAGCAUGAUCAGCGGGGCCACCUGCUACGCACUGUUCCUCGGACACACCACAAACCUCAUACAGUCGCUGGACUCUUCGCGACGACAGUACCGAGAAAAGUUAAAACAAGUAGAAGAGUACAUGGCGUACCGAAAGCUUCCAAGAGACUUGCGACAAGGGAUUACCGACUACUUCGAGCACCGGUAUCAAGGAAAAUUCUUCGACGAAGAAGCCAUACUCGGGGAACUCUCCGAGAGGCUAAGAGAGGACGUAAUAAAUUACAACUGCCGGUCGCUCGUGGCGUCGGUGCCGUUCUUUGCCAACGCGGACCCAAACUUCGUCAACGACGUCGUGACCAAACUCAAGUACGAGGUCUUCCAGCCAGGCGACAUCAUCAUCAAGGAGGGGACACUCGGGACCAAGAUGUACUUCAUCCAGGAAGGCAUCGUGGACAUUGUGAUGAGCAACGGAGAGGUGGCCACCAGCCUCUCUGACGGGUCGUACUUCGGAGAGAUCUGCCUGCUGACCAACGCCCGGCGCGUGGCCAGCGUUCGGGCCGAGACCUACUGCAACCUGUUCUCCCUGUCCGUGGAACACUUCAACGCCGUGCUGGACGUGUACCCUGUGAUGCGACGGACCAUGGAGUCCAUCGCCGCCGAGCGGCUCAACAAGAUCGGCAAGAACCCGGACAUCGUGUGCCAGCGCGAAGACCUGCGCGUCGACCUCAGCACAGUCACCGCCCUGCUCCGGUCCGCCCAGGCGGCCAACAACGACGACGAGGAGGAGGACGAAGACGCGGACGGCGACGCCAAGGGGGGCGGCCGCGCGCAGGGCGGCAACCGGAGGAAGUACAGCCACCUCCUGGGGGUGCACCGCAGCGGAGGCACCACGAUACCGAGGCCAAAGUCCGAGAGCUGCUUCCACCGCAUGUUCGACUUGGCCAGCGGCGCAGCGGCGCAGACGGCCCUGCCGCGCUCGGGCACCUUCUACGAGAGCCUGACCGGCAUGGGUUCGCAGGGCAAUCUGCAGGAGGACUAGAGCCGCCGCCGCCGCUCGGGCCCUCGGACGACUCCGGGCGAGGAAGCUGCUGCUGAGCAGGCCGCGGUGUAAUGGCAACACUCGCGCCGAUGCGUAACUAUGUCGCCGUCCAUUCGGCUCAGCACAGCAACUAAGGUAAAACACAAUACGGCGACCACUUAUUGGAAAAGAAGCAAACUAUUGGCCAGCGGCUGGGCCGACGGAAAGGUCAAAGCCAAUUAAACCAGGUCGAGACGAAAAGGAUCGCGCGAUGCUCAAGCUCGCAUGCCGAGCGGUAACACCAUGCGCCAGUGCUGCCCCGCGGCGACAACCUGCUGGACUGUUGCCUACAUUCGGUUAUCCACUCGACAGCCGGCACGUCGGGAAACGUAAACACUGCCGCUCUUUGGCGUGCUGUCGAGCCAGAAAGUAACUUUUCGAGGCAAUCACGAGCGGUUCUGCUCACACGCGAGUUUCCAAAUCAUGAAAAGCCAAAAGAGAAACGCUUAAGUGAACAAAAGAACUAGAAUAAGAAAAUCUGGUCAGUCUGCUGCGGUUAACGCUUGCUGACAGCCACGACUUGUGUCGUGCUCGAAACAAGGUCGCUUAGAUGAUUGCUACACUACGUCUUCCGGCAGCUUCCUCGUCCGGCGGUGUAACUCGCGUGGCGCGCGAACAAUCGCAGUGCAUCCGAGGGACUGAAACGUGCCGCGCUUUCGUCUCGGAAACAAAAGGCAAAUCUCCUCUCCUCCCUUAAAAAACAUAAAAAUCUAAAUACUGGUCGCACAGGAACUUCAUUCACACGCCCACAUUAAUGUUACACAUACUAAGAUCUAUCAAAGUAAGCUAAAUGUCAAGUAAACUCGAAUGGCCUCACGCAGGUCAUCAGGACUCUCUGUUGUCUACAUGUGCAGUUCUGCGCAAGUACGCACAUUUCUUUGUUCAAUGCGCAUCUCUCACAAUGUUUCAAAAUGUCCCUCGGCUGCACGGCAGAGGCGUUCGCGUGGCCGCGCGAGCGAGAUAUGCGGGACCAGCGCUAGCGCAUGUGGGAGCAAAGUGGCCUUAGUGAAGAAACGGGGCGAGCCGUCACGGGGAUAGACACAGACAGACACACACCAUCUACACACACAUCGCUCCACGCACGACUCGAAGGAAGAAAAAAAAAUCUCACGACACCUUGCUCACAUUGCCGAGACACGUCACAUGAUACCACCUCGUUGUAUGUCUGUUUCGUAUAUGCACAAUGCCAUGUUCCCUUCCUAAAGUUGACUGCAGGACGAUCUCAAGCCGUCCCCUCCCGAUGCCCAUCCGAGAUCGACCGAUUUGUUUUUGUCGAAGCGUGAUUCCGAAUAAGUUGGUUUACUCCUGAAAGAAAGAAAAAAAAAUCUACAUGCUUUCGUUGCACACUUCGAGAGCGGUGAAGCGAGCCUUUUAAGUCACCGCGAUGCGCGAUCUGUUGUUCUUGCUGUUCAUGUGGAUGUUGUACGUUUCCAAGACAACCACGUCAGCCCCCAAAGUUACUUCCAACGGAGAAAAGCGAAUGAAGUCAACACGCGAAAUCGGCCAACGGGGAGGGAAAAAAUAUCCACAGCCUGCAAUUCGGACCAGCGCAAUUUACUCAAACUAUGGUUUAAAGAAACGAAAAAGAAAGCGAAAAAAAUCGCCUUGUCAAGCGAACGUCGGUUCCCAUGAAGUAAACUAACGUCCCGUAUUCGUGACCUUAUUCGUGAUACGUUCGGGGUCGUUCGACGAACAUGCUGGCCUAUGUUGUCAGAUAACGUGUCUUGGCUACAUUCGCUAAAGUUUGACGGUAAAUUCUAGUUAUCCAAGUCGAAUAUCCUUGAAUCGUUAUCCCCUUCUAAAUGUUGCUGGGCCCGAACAGUUAGAAAAGGAGGCAGGCGCGAAGGGUGCUGCAUAUUCUAGACAUCGCGCAGUUUGCUUCACCGACGAUGAACAUGGCUCUUUCAUACAUCAGUGAGAAGUAAUAAUUGCGGUCUCUCACUAAAAUUGUCGUUUUGAGUGGUCGUGAUUUCAGUGCAUGUAUACCAUACCCACCAAUCCCCUUGAUAACUGUACCCUCUGCGGGGCCCAGCGGAUGGUUAAAUUGCAUUACACGUCUGAUGUUGCGUAGAAAUCGUUCAAACUAUACAUUGGCUGAUCUCUAGCUCACGGGCGCAAAAAAAGGAAAAAAAAACGUAAGGAGAGCAUACAGAUUAGGCACUUGUGCCUAUCUGUAUGCAGGGCUGGUGUAGUAAUCUAGGAAAACUACGCAUGUAGUCAGAAGAAAGAAUAAGAACACGUGCAACUAGAUCAACAUUCGAAGCAAACGAAAAACAAAAAAGCCACAAAUGGUCGACAAGAUUUUUUUUUUUCGCUACUUCAUAGAGCUCGGUAUGAGUCGGUGGUUGGAAACAAGUCACGUUGCUGGUGAAGUGUGAAAUUUGGACGACGACGUUUCUCCGACAAUUGCAGAGGCGGCGCGGUUGGACAUACCAAAAUUUAAAAAAAAAACCAACAAAGAACGAGGAGAGAGCUGAAUACAUAGAAAGGAAAAAAAAACAUCUUCGCGGUGUUCUGUGACCUUGGCGGCACACACAACUGACGAGUGCUGCUGCGUUCGAGGCAGACAUCGUGAAAGCCAAAACUCGUUACGGGGGUUCCCCCGUCGUGAUGACGACGCCCACCGCACGAACCAAUGACGUGUUCGAAAACGCGUGCAGAGCAAAGACCGUUACGAGAGCCUCGCAGUUUCGAAGAGCGCUUCGUCUGUACUAUUAUAACACGGUCAAUGCACAGGCGAGCUGUCCGCAAACACGUUCCCGGAUUCACAGAAGGGUGGUAUAAAUCGCGCACUCCGGCAGACGUAGCAAAAGAAAGUCUCUCCGGAGAAACAAAAAAAUAAUCGAGCAUUAUGUGUCCAUCGCCCCCUCUCCUCUUUUUUUUUUAUGCAGUAAUACAAAAACUCGGAAAAAAUUGUCGUCCAAACUUCCGCGUUCGAAAACACGAACUCAUCCUCACACUCGAAUCUCCCCCUUUUCCCGACGACCUUCUCCAUGGAUCGCCAUUGAGAAUAUCGUAAACUGCAUGCAACUCUUUGACUAGGAGCAUGAUGUUCCCUCCCACGCGUCUUUGCAAGCUCGUUCCCUUGACGAUACAAACGGCCGCUGCAGGGAGAGCCGACCCACCAUCUCAGUCGUCGUUCAUCCCACAUCGUCGUACACUGCUGUCACAACACUUGUUUGCCUGCUCGCUGCAACAACAACAAAAAAAACACAAAAACAAGCACGCGCGGGGCAGGGUCGGGAUGCUAGAAGAAUGCAACGCGGUUGAUACGUACGUAUACAGCCGCAGAGCGAAAGCUCUGUAGUCAUGCCGCACGACACUACAGGGUAAAGGAAAAGAAAGAACGAUGCGCUUGUAAGAAAACAAGCAUCGGCGAGUGGCGAAUUCACCCUCGUAGAUUUAUCGGACCGCAGAGUCUUUAAUGCAAUCUGGUACCAUGUAGCAACAAAUUUUGUAGCAUGCAAAGUAGGCGAAACUAUUUCUAUGUAGGUCUCUGACUCGGCACCACUCGGUCUCUUGGCUUCAGCCUCCUAGUUCAACGACAGCCGUAGUAGAACCGAAAUUUAGUCAGGCCGGCCGCUGCCUGUGACACAGUUACGGUAUGAAAGUUCAUUCUAAGUAAAAAUGAACAUACUCACUCGCAUGCGCCUGUAGUGUUAGUUUAAGCCGAAGCGCAUUCGUAACUUACAGCACCGCUUCCACUCGGUUUGUCAGCCGAGCAGCGGCGGAGUCGUAGAUAGGUGCCGAGAAAUUACGCCGCGUUUAGGUGUGUUCGCUUACAUAGCAAGGCGGGCAGUGCGUGCCCAUUUCGCAUCCCACGAACUACUCUUCUUUCUUACUCGUCUUCUUAAUUUAUCGAAUAAGGUGAGGAAGGCUGCAGAAUGAUCGCAAACGUCUAAUGCGCGGCAUAAAGUAAGUGUUAGCGACAAUCACUCAUUGACACAAAGUUCACCUUCGUUUUCCAUCUCGGAGCAAAUGACGGCGGCUUGCAGCUUAUGUUACCGCGCAUUGUCAGGGGACAUACUCGGCUCUCGAUUUUGGUUUCCCAUGUAGUUACAUAUCUGAGGCGAUCAGAAUGCGAUUUAUGUUUGGAAUAAAACUGACAGUGAAUGAUAAAUCGCGUAACUUCAAAUCACGUAUCCUAAUUACAACCUCGUUUUUUGUCCUUCAUAAGUCUGCAAGAAUAAAAAAAAAGGGGGGGGGGGUGUAAGAAAGACCAAAAACAAUGUAAGUGAUGGCAAAGCCAUUACAAGCUUACGUUCCCAGGGCGUUCUUUCUCAAAUUUACGGCGAUGUAUGCAACAAAGUAGUCGUUUGGGAACAAGCGAGAAACCUUGCGUAGCGACAUUAUGAGAAAGAGAAAAAAAAAUCACCACUAAGCCGCUUCGUCAGCCAGCUUUAAGCAACAACAAAUAGUCGCAACGCUUAAUCAUAUGACAUCAUGCAUUGAACAAGCAUAACGUUGUGCGUUGAAAUGCAGACAUGUCCUGUAUAACUCAAUGCAUCGCAAAUGAGAUAACGUUCCCAGCAAGGACAACGCACUCGCUUUGUAUGAAACGUCCUCCUCGCACCUUUAAAUACAUCUUUCUGGCUUUCCCGCAGCAACAGUAUUUCAAAGGCAAAGCAAGCUUUACAGGAAAAAAUAGGUUAGACGAAUUCGUUUAACUCGUGCUACUGAUUCCCACAGAAAUGCAUUCAGGCAGUCUACGCAAAGCCUAUAGACGGUCUUUUUUUAUGGCACUUAUAUAUAACGUCUACAUGUGAGCGCUUACUCGCCGCUUAAUACGUUUUUUUUUUUUUCCUAACAACCUCGAGACUUCCCAGCAACAUUCAUGGAAGUCCCUCUGCGCCCCUAACGAAACGCUUGUAAAAACAGAUGGGUUAAGAGAGUACGUUUCAGGCAGUCUGCAAGAUUUACGAUGCAGUCUCACUCCACAAAGAGGCGUAGCCAGUCCUGUAUGGGCAGUCUAAAUUCAUUUUUACGAGCGCAUGAUUCAUGUACGAAAGCAAUACCGACAGCUUUUUUAAGAGUACAAGGUGCCCUACGCAAAAGUAGGCAGGUGUCCUACAACAGCGAGCAUGCGCACGAACAAAUCCCGGAGGUCGCGUAGUAACAAACAAUCUUAAAUACGUCACUCGUACACCACGUGCUGCCGAUAAGCGCUUCCGCUGCAGCUUUUUUUUAUUACACCAUUCAAUGCAAGGGUGCACGCGAGAAGAUAUCUCUUCGCUGUACAUAGAUGUACAUAAUCGCCAUAUACAUAUAAGAUAUAUAUACAUAUAUAUAGGCCAGCCAAUCACACUUGUAUCUGUUGUCGGUGCGCCACUUGUUUGUGCAGGCCCGCCCUGUUUCCCGCGUUAGUUGAACACUGUUUGCAAAUUGCGCGUCUUAUUACUACUCUCUCGCUAUUACGCACGCACGCGCGCACAACACAGCGUUAGUCUUGUGAAACCCAUUACCCAAUCCAGCGGUUGUCGUCGUAGUACACGGUCGAUCCCAACCACCUUUCACACGCCCCCCAUAGCCUCCUGAUUGCAGCGCACACUUUUCCCGCCACUCCGAUGUUAUCCUUUUUUUUUCCUCGCUGACGUCGUAAGCAGGGUUAAAAAUAACACGACACUUCUUUGGCGUAAGCCGCACCGCAGUAUCGUAAUCAUUCGCGACCUUGCGCACACAAAGUCACGAUGAAGGUCAAGAAAGUGUCGACGCACGAAGUGACAGUGGCUCGAAUAACUAUGUACUCUUUUCUUUUUUUGCUGAAUCACCGAGUUGAGUGAGUGAUUAUCAACAUUGAAACAGUCGUUUCACCAUCACUGCGACUGGAGGGCGUCGAAUAAUCAACAGUGUUCACGAUCACUGUGUCACAAUCUCCACGGUGACUAUUCGCGCUACCCUGUGAACCACGAAACGCACAUAGACGCCCGCCGAGUGCGAAAUGAGUCAGCAUAUUUAGUCUGCGUCUACCUUAGCGCGCACAUAGGCAGUGAAUACAUGUAUUCAGUCUGCAUACUGCCCUUGAAUCGCUGAUACACUGUCGUCAGAAGAGAUUUUUACCGGGUCUUACGAAUUUUCUUUUCUUUAUCCACAUUGUCAUCCAGAGGAUGUCUACAUGAGUUAUGUGCAACUGUUGUAUAUUUUCUAUUGAUUGGCGAAGCGUUUCCUUCGGAGAGGGCAAGAACAAUGUUUAAAACGGAGAGUUUGGAAAACGUUCAAAGCCAGACAAAGGCAAAAAAGAAAAAGUACGCGAAACACUUUCGAAAUGGUAGGGGUGCUAGUGAAAUCCGGCUUUUUUUUUCUUUUUUUUCCUUCUUUAAUUUCCAGAUCAAUUUUUCUCCCAUCUAUAAGUCGCUUUGUUUCCCCUCCUAAAAUUAUUUCAACAACGGGCUUCCGCCUUCCCCUGAUCUUUCUCUCUAUGCUUUCUAGUUAAAACAUUAAACACACCGUAGGCCAGUUUGUUUUAAAUCGUUAGAAUAAACAAUCGUUUACCACUUAUAUUUGGCAUAACGUCGAAUUCAUAACCCAAACAGUAUAAUAAUGAAACCGAUAAAAUGAGAACCACAGUAGCCGGGUAAACGCUAUUAUUGAUCUGGAACGGAGAGGUUAAACAAACCAACCCACCGUUGUCAUGGAAUAAUCGACAUAAAUCAUGCGAAUCACUCCGACGCUGGUUAACAAAUCUGUGAACAGAGCAGUUUGCACACUGGUGUUAAGGAGUGGUCUCCGAGAUACGGUGCACCGGCCAACGGUCCCGGAGGCCACGUUCUCAAGUAAAGAGCACGCGUGUAAGACUAGUCAUACGAGCCACUGUCACCUUCCCUCGCUAACAGCCGCUUCCUGUGAUGAAAGUAAAAAAAAAAAAGUAUAUCGGUAUAUCGAGUGGCGGCUAUUCUUUUUUUUAAUGAGCUUCGUAAACGCUUCAGCAUGGACCAAUAAGUGCGAGCUUCGAUCGACCGUAUAGACAGAUGCGCGAGCGGAAGAAGCGAAGCUCUUGCUUAGAAAAGAAGAGAGAAAAAAAGUCAAGACGAAGACGUACAGCGCGUAACCACACACACGAGCACAUCUCAGUACACCCCGGGUUCCGAGAACGAGUCAUUAUAUGUUACGUCUAGUCAGCCAAUGUGUGUACGAAUACGUAUAUAGCAUAUAUCUAUGUAUUACGUGUAACGAAUAGGCCUUGUUAACAAGUGACGUUUUAUAAUUUCUGCGGCGUUUACUUAGAGCGAGGUACUUCUCAAGAAAGGAAACGAGGUAGGCAGAGGAAACAAGGUGCGAGAAAAGGGGAAACAGCGAAAAGUUCCGUUCUCUUGCACUGUACAUAGCACAUCGAGCACGUCGCCGCACUACACAGCUUUUGAAACACAGCGCUUUGCUUACGUUGCGUGCACUGACAGAAGGGAAGCGCAUUCGCGGUAACGGUAGACCAAUCACAAGGCUCGAUCCGACCUUCCUUAAGGGCGCCGCACAGGAAUAGCCGAGAAGUGUACAUGUGUGCAGUUACUUGUCCCGCUACUCGCUGCACUAUAUGUUUGGGGUAUAGUGCAGCGAGUUAGAGUGCCGGCACAAUACUGCACGUGGAAUAGCACAAAGGCCGCCGUCUUAUGCAGGCUUACGUCGCGCUAUGCACGAUCUUUAUUUUAAAAGCCUGCUCGUGCUUAGUCAAAAACAAACAAGGGACAUUAGCUACAAUCAGCAAAGAGGAAACCGGGCGGGGCAAUUGCCUGCAAAUUAUGCAAGGCUAGGUCCGCCGGCUACCUACAACAUCCUUCACCUUAACCUUGUCAAAAGCGUACACAGCCUGGCCCACAUUUGGCCACUGGCCUGCCGCCCCGACGAGUUCUGUGUGACAGGAUGCGGUAGGUGAGCAUUUAAUGCGCGAAAAGUACGAGAAAAUAUAUCAAUCGCACUUGUGGUCAGCAAGAAAUCUUCUAAAGAAAAUGCGACAGCUUGCAAGGGGAACCCGAAAGUUCUCAUAAACUAACGUUGUUGGCGCCACCAAUCUGAAUAAUCACUCCUCCCGCGGCAGAGGGGAAGAAGCGAGCAGCCUUAGCUUACCCAGCUGCGCUAGCCAGUAAGGCUGCGAUUGUUAAAGCGUUUUCCUCGUGCGAUUUCCGUCUCGCGAAGUCGCGCGAACGUAAUCGAUGUGUAUGAUUAAAGCUACAUUUCAGUUCUAGCUAUUUAUAAAUAUUUUUAAAAAAUAUGAGCGCCAGAAUAGCGGUUUCCGCUACGUAUUCGUCGUGGUGCCAGGAAAGACCGCGGCUUCGACAUCACGUGACUAACCCAUAGUUUCGAAAUACGCGGUACGGCACCGCACUGCGGCUCCCUUUCGCGCAUGCAGUACACCGCAUUCGCACGUCUGAACACCAAACGCACGUCUUCGCAAUCUGCAACCGCGGGCAGAAGCACUCUGUAUAGCAUCGUUUGAAAUCACCAUUAGAGAAAAAACAAUCACAUCAUCGCGCUGCUCAUCGCCAUCUUCACACGUGAAGCCACGCUGCACGGCACAAAAAAUUACGUACAAAAAAAAUCCGAAAAAAAAAGAGCUAUUAAUGCAGGUCGCAUUUUGAAUGAGCAUUAGCUGUCACAGUUAGCGAGCACAAAGCCCACGGCAGUUGAAUAGGUCGCAGAGGCCUCAACGAACACUGACAACAGCAAGGAUGUGCUGUCUCUAACACUUACAGAACGAGUGGUUCCCAUCUUAACACACCCACACCAUAGGCCUCUGACGUUUAUCGACGCGAUACUCUUGUGAACCGGUUCGAAUCCACAGGAGUGCCGCUGAAGCAUUUGCGCUUCGAUCUGAUAUUCAGCUGAGAAUGAUGGUGCUGGCACACUUUGAGGAAUCCACAACAAAGCAGGCGCACAAGCUGGCCUAGACGAGCGAGAAAUUACAUGAGCGCCGUUAUCUUCACUCGUCCCUUAGUCCAAGUCUUUCGCUGUAUAACGCAAAUUCCUCGUAAACCUGUCAACGAGACAGAAGGCUGCUUACGAAAUCGGAGAUCAUCGACGUCAAAUAUAUAUAUAAAAAACAAAAAGAGGCAGCAUAUCCAAAACAAUUCGUUAUGAGAUAAAACGACGUAAAACGCGACCCACCACGUAUAGGCUCCCGUUUAACGUAAUACCGGACAAAAUGAAUUGUGACUGCGUAAUAUUUGGCAGCAAAAUGCUUGUGACGACCUCAUACUCGCACGGCUUUUUUGGCCUCCUGGGUUUGAAGGUGUGCGCUUCAGGUUCGCAAUGCGAGUCUGAAAGAUCGAGCAUCAAUUAGUUCGCGGCGCGUAAUGAUCCGGAUCAGAUAUAAGUGCGCACGCUUCUGCGCUUAACGCUGCUGAGCAGCCUCAAGCCAGAUAUAGCCAAAACUAGCCGACGCGCUUCUUUCUACAUCUUAUAUAUAGGCUCGUAAACGAAACACAAACUAUACAAAAAAAGGAAGAGACUAUGUGAGUAAGCCACACAUCUACACUUCGGGAAAAUAACAUCACGUGUCGGACACCAAGUAGUAUCAUUCCCAUUUCUCCCUUUUCCCGUGAAGAUUUCGACCAAUGAACGUUCCCGGCGUCUGCCGAAGAGUGAGUUCGUGCCACUUAAGACCUGGCUCCGGCCGCGGUGUACAGACCUGAACAUCCUGAAAGGCCACAGGCACGGCGAUGUGGCGACGCUACAAACGAAUCGCGAUGCACGAUUUUACCCCCCAGAUGCCCGGCAAAAAAAAAAGCCGGCGAUCUCGGAGGCCGGUGCAGUGUAAACAGGUGCAGAGCGAAGGUCGCAUCGUCUGGCCGGUCCAGGAUUGCCGCUCCGACCAGGGAAUUUGGUGCCGAACGAGCUGAUGACCAAAGGGUUUUCAAAGUACGUACGAGGUACGUAAAACCAGCACCUGCCCUUACCCAGUUCCCUCAACCCGCGGCAUCAAACAGGUACCGACGACGACACAAUGAACAGGAACAACACACUCCCGACCACCACUGAUUUCGAUCGCGUGGUAAUCCUUCCCGAACGCAGAAACUCCCUUUCAUGAGCGUCCUCCGCCGUUCCCUUCCUUCAGACUUCUAUAGAGACAAACGAGAUAGGCGUGUGUGCGUACGCGUCAAACGCGAAUGCUCUGAACAUUGAAAAAAAAAGGGGGACGACGAACUGUUGCGGGCGUCUCUAUGUUGCGCGCUUCCGAAAGCAAUACUGAGAGAGGCAGAGAAAAGGCGGCUUGUUAAAGCGUACCUUUUCUGAACACCACGGAAGCGAGUCGUUGCUUCGCUGCUGUGAACUUAAAGUAUACAUACAUAUAUUGCUUCUGCGCGGUCGACACGAGAUACGGGGGGGACUGCGACAUAGUACACACUGGUGCGGAUGCAUACACACGAAUGAUGCGUGUGCCCAGGGUUUUGUGCACAAACGAAAAGAAAAAAAAAGAACGAGUGAAACGGUUCUUGUACCCUGCAAGACUCAGAGACUGUGAUCACGGCCACGCAAAAAUUAAUAAAAAAAGUGGCAGUGUGUGUAUGUGUGUGUGUGGCGCGCGCGCUCUACAAAAACAAAAACUUCCGAGAAAGAGAGAGGGGGGGAGAGAGAGCCGUCAACGCGGCUCCGUCGAGUGUAAAUAGCAAACAAUAGCAAUAUGCAACACGGAAACCCAUAACUAAGUUUUAGCCAAGAAAAAAAAACACUACUACUACCUAGGAAUUACGAGAAAGCUAUAGUGUUAGCAGCGUGGGAAUAAAAAAAAAAAUAACAGUGCUCCUUUAUCUAAAACCAUAGAGAAUCAAGUUACACCGCUUGAAAUUGUACCUUAUUUUUGUAUAGUGACAUAAAAAAUCAUAUAAAGGCGAACGCAGUUGCUCGAGCGCAAUCAACUUGCAAGCGUUAUACUGCGCUCAUUUUGUUCCAAGUAUCGUUUCCGUUACAUUACUUAUGUUGUGUCAUAUACUGCUGCAUUUCUUGACGUCAUUGCAUACGUGUGUAGGCUGUUGGCAAUAAAGUUACGCGCGACUUGUUGCUGGUUUGACAACGUUGGCGAAGUAUCCAUUUCUGCGGGUCGUUCCUUCACCUUUUUUUUUUUAUCUCUCUCUUUGUCCGUUCUUUCGUCACGUUUUCUUCCUUACCCUCUCGGCUGUACUGGUCUUGUUUGGUGCAAUUCACGUAAGCCACGAACCUUAAUUACGCGCGUGGUGUUGGGCGGAGCGAUGGCGUUUAUAGCAUAGGUGCGAUCGAGCAUUGUUGGGCGAUUCCACAGUGAGCAUAUGUCGACCUGAUUUGUUUGUUCGUUCAUGUGAGAUUUCCUAUUAAAGCGUUUUGUAGAA